AUGAGUUCAUUAGUUUCGCAAUUAGAUUCGUUUGGAGAAUGGACCGAUUUUUCGGUUUUCAUUGAGGUUUGUUCUUUAAUUUGUUGAAAAACUAAGAUCAAUUUGAAAAUCGGUUUCAGAUGAAACCUAGAAGUGAUUUAGCAUCAUUGUUUGUUGAUGUUCCGCCGGGAUUUCGGGAGAAAGAGGAGCAAAAAAGUGGAGGAGAUGAGGGAGGGAGUGGAGAUGCAGAGAAAAAGAAGAUGUGAGUUAGAUUUUCGAAUUUCAGCACCAAGGAAUUCGCUCAAUCAUAGGAGAUUCAAUUUGAGACUGUUCAGAAAAUCUUGAAAUUCAAAAAAGCUUUCGAAAUUUUUUUUUCAUCAGAAAAUUCGGCGAUUUUUAAUAACAAUUCAUAAAAUUUCGUUUCUCAGCUAUUUUCUUUUUUUUUUGGAAAACCGGAGAAUUGAAUUAUAGUUGGACAUCGACUAAAUGGCAUUUUCAGGUUUUUUAAGCAACUGAGUUAAAAUAUUGGAUUUUGAUCGUCAUCAUAUGAUAGAAUGGUUUAAGACGAACAUAAUGAUAUAAAUUUUGAUGACUUCACGUCACCCAUAAGUGAUUUAGCGACGUUUAGUCAAUUGACUCGGCUUGUCGACUAAAUAUCGACUAAACGUCGCUAAAUCACUUAUGGGUAACCUAAAGUCAUCAAAAUUUAUAUCAUUUUGUUUGUCUUAGACCUUUCUAUCAUAUGAAUACGAUUGAAAUCCAAUAUUUUAACUCAGUUGCUAAAAAAACCUGAAAAUGUCAUUUAGUCGAUGCCCAACUAUAAAUUGAAUUUUCCUUGAAAACCCGGGAAAUUUCCCGCACAACUCUGUUUUACAUAAUCAAAACUCUUAUUUCUUAUUUUCUAGAAAAUACGAAGAUAUUAAUGUGAUCAAUGUCACCGAAACAAAAAUCUGCAUCGGUGCUCCGCCUUCCGCCGAAACUCUUCACAAAAAUCACAAAGAAGCUGUUCAAAAAUCCAACAACAACGCCGCACAAUCCAAACCGGUCGCUAUAAAUAAUAAGAAGAAUCGUGAGCGUAGUACUAGUGGAAGUGAUAAGGGAAGUAGCAGCUGUUCGCCGAAAUCCGGGCCGACAACGCCAACCAAAAAAUCGGGAAAGAAGAAGAAUGGGUGAGAAAAUUUUUUAAAAUUUUCGAAAAUGAAAAACUUAAAUUUUUUCAGAACAUCUACAACUCCAGUUGUGAAAUUCGAUCGCUACGGUGUAACUUUGAAAAAUGCGACAAUAAAUACAAAAUCAUUGUCAUCUCCAACUUGGUCUGACGCAAGUCCACGUCUUUUUAUGUGCAAAGUUCAAAUCGAGCCGGAUAAUCUGCCAUUGGUUCAAAAAACUCUUCAUCGAUUGGCUGUGGAUAUUUGUAAAAUUGAAAAAUUGGAAGAAUUUGCGCAAAGGGGAAAUCCACGCUUGAAAUGCUCGAAAUGUCAAAUGGAAUUGUUAAGUGAUGAAUAUAUGUAGGUUUUUAAAUAUAAUUAAUGUUGAGGUCAUAAAUUUCUUUUUAGAAUGACGAUUGGAUGUUUGCCAGAUGAUGAUUGGUUGACAACAUCGCAAUCUGCUGAUUUUUACUGUCGAGAUAGUUGUGGAGCUGCUUGUGAUCCAAAUCGACACAAUCACGCGAAUAAUUCGAAUGUGGAAAAUCGGGCGGAUUCGAAAUGGCUACCGCAUGAAAAACGGAUUAUGAUUAGUUUUGCGAAUACGGUUGCUCACAAGACUGUGGGUUUUUUGGAACUUUAAUUUGAAAAUUUGUUAAGCCUGUUACGCCUAAAAGCCUUCAGAACCCAAAAAAGCCAGAAAAUCAGAGAAAAACUACAAAAAUGGUUCAAAAUACAGUAGCCAAACUGUAAAAAAAUUAAAAAUUAAUCUCAAUUAUCUCGAAAAAGUGCUAGAAUUCCAGAUUUUUGCAGUCUGAUUACUGUAGAUGAUCCAAGCCAUUUUUUGCUUAAGAAUCUUAAUAUUAGGCUCAUUUUGGCCCUAAAAAGCACUACUUCCUUUUUUUAUCAAAAAAUUUCUGAAAAUGAAAAAUGAAAAAUUUUCAAAUGUAAAAUUUUAACUGAUUUUUCUACUGAUAAAAACUACAAAACUACAGUAGACAAACUACAAAAAUGGUUCAAAAUACAGUAUCCAAACUGCAAAAAAAGUAAAAAUUCAUCUCAAAUAUCUCGAAAAAGUGCUAGAAUUCCAGAUUUUUGCAGUUUGAUUACUGUAAAUUUGAAAUUUCUAGAAAUGAAUAUAUUUUUCACGUGAACGUUUUUCUUGCCAUCAUUUUUAUCAAAUUUAAAAAUCUAAAUUCAUUUCUAAUUUUUAAAAAUUCAGAAUUUCCUGAAUUUCCUCUGAUUUUUUCAGAGCAUAAUUCCCGAUUCGAUCAUCGUCGAUGACAAGUUUUUGAUCUGCGCUGGAUGCAAAUCGCAACUUGGAAGAGUUCAGAAAAGUGAGCUUCACUCUUCUUUUUCUCAAAUUUUCUAUCAAUCAAUAAUUUUUCAGAUCAUGCUGAUCUCUAUAGCUUCAAUCAUAUUUCGGCGACCUUGACUUCAGGAAUCCCGAAAAAACUUCAAUUUAUCGAGAAAGAGUGAGAUUUCUAAUUUCUAAAAUAAAAAUAAUUAAUUCAUGAUGAUUUUUGCAGCUUCUUCUCACAAUCUGUCUAUUUGUCGCAACUGAUUUUGAAUUCUUGUGAAGCGCAGGGAAGUUUGAAGUUGGUUUUGAGAUCGUUGGACAAAACUCCGUAUAUGUUGGUUAGUUUUUCUCGCUGAUGUUUCAAAAAUAUAAUUUUUAAAAAAAAUUUUGUUUUUAGAUUUGGCUGCUCGAUUCCUAUGUCGUAAUUGCGAAUGGUGAAAUGGAUGGAUUGAAAAAUGAAGAAGAAUCUGGAAAUUAUUUGACCCCUUAUCCAUCGAUUAAAUUGUUGUAUAAAGUGUUCAAUGAUCAAACUGCGGGAAGGUGAGAUUUUGAACCUUAAAAUAAUGUUAGAGCCUAUAAUAUUUAAAAUAAGUCACCUUAUCUACACAAAAUAUUGGAGUUACCCCAAAAAUUUCCUGAAAUUCGAUUGAAAUAGAUCUAAAAUAUUCAAAAAAGGGACUAAAAUCAACGAAAUUCAACGCAAAACCGAGAGAUUUAGAGAAAUAAUUCUAAUGAAAUUUAAUUCUCCAAAGAAAAAAUGAAUGCUAAAGACAAAAGUUCAAUUUCCAAAAUUUUCCAGUGAUCCCCGCGCAAAUGGCGAAGACACAUCAGUCGGUCUUGUCGAUCUUCCACUCGGCUGCUGUCAAUAUCUCAUCGAAAUGCUUCUUCGCAGCUCUUUGAAACUUCCACCAGCUUGCCGUGCGGUUGGCCAAUUCUUUGUCGGAUUCUUGCAAAUUGAUGAUCAUAUUUGA